CCACAAACAGGUCCUAAACGUUGGCUUAUUUACGCUUCUAACCCCCACUGGUUCUCGAAGCCUUUCCCCUCGUUCGCUAAACCCUUUCCUCCUCUCUCUCUCUCUCUCGUUCGCCGUCGCCGUCGCUGUCGCCGUAGCCGCCUCCGCCGCGGCCGCCGCCGGAGAAGUGUUUUUUUUGCUUAGGAUAUGCAAUGGCUGCCGGUAGGCGCAUUAGCCAGCUCAUCAAGAAGAGCCUUCAACUGCAAUCUUCUGGUCCUUCUUCAGUCUCUUCGUUUUGGUUGAAGCAUGAGGAAGCAGUUGGAUCUGCUGGUGUGAACUCGUUAAGAGCAUUAGCACUGCUCGGAGCUGGAGCUUCUGGCCUUCUAAGCUUUGCUUCCAUAGCAUCUGCCGACGAAGCAGAGCAUGGAUUGUCUUCUCCGGACUAUCCGUGGCCGCAUAAAGGCAUUCUUAGCUCUUAUGAUCAUUCAUCAAUUAGGCGCGGACACCAAGUCUACCAGCAAGUUUGUGCUGCCUGCCAUUCGAUGUCGUUGUUAUCGUUCCGAGAUCUCGUUGGUGUCGCAUACACUGAGGAGGAAACAAAGGCUAUGGCUGCUGAGAUUGAGGUUGUUGAUGGUCCUAAUGAUGAAGGCGAGAUGUUUACCCGUCCGGGUAAGUUGAGUGACCGUUUCCCACAGCCAUAUCCAAAUGAACAAGCUGCAAGGUUUGCAAACGGUGGGGCAUAUCCUCCGGACCUCAGCUUGAUUACGAAGGCACGACACAAUGGCCAAAACUAUGUGUUUGCUCUGCUCACUGGCUACCGUGAUCCUCCAGCUGGUAUCUCGAUUAGAGAGGGAUUGCACUACAAUCCGUACUUUCCUGGUGGUGCAAUUGCUAUGCCCAAGAUGCUUAUUGAUGGGGCUAUUGAAUAUGAGGAUGGUACUCCUGCAACUGAAUCCCAGAUGGGUAAGGAUGUUGUGACGUUUCUAUCAUGGGCGGCCGAACCUGAGAUGGAAGAGAGGAAACUGAUGGGAUUCAAAUGGAUCUUUGUACUGUCGCUUGCUCUUCUUCAAGCCGCAUACUACCGGCGCUUGAGGUGGUCUGUUCUUAAAUCACGUAAGCUUGUUGUCGAUGUUGUCAACUAAUCACCUUUCUCUUUUGUUUGAACUUUUUUUAUUUUGAGUGAAGAGUUAGAAAUAAUGAGAAUGUGAUGUAAAUUUAUGCUACUGGGGUGCCAUGCCAAGAAAUUUUCUUUUUCUCGGUUUGCCCGUUUGACGGAAAUAAUCUUAUGUUUUUUGAUGCUUGGUUAGUUUUAACUUAUUGGCUGCUCAAAGGCUAGUUACAAUU